AUGGCUUCCCAUCAUGUUGUACCAUUAGAAGUCACCGAGUCGCAGUCUUUACAAGAAAUCAUUACUCAAAAAGCGAAUGCAGUAAACUUAAAUAAUGAAGAUGAAGCAUUUUAUUUGGUGAAUAUUGGUGAUAUUAUAUACAAGUUUAACACUGCUGAUAUACGGUUAACGACUGCGUUGGAUGUCAAAAAUGACAAUAUCAUCUAUUCAAAUCCGUGCAAAGGAUUGUCUCAUUUAAAGGUGGCUCUGAAAAAAGGAAUAACUCUGAUGACUUUCGAUAGCGAAGGAGAACUACAGCGAAUAAAGCGUAUGGUUCCACAUGCAAAAUUGCUGUUACGACUGAAAGUUGAUGAUUCUAAAGCGGCUUUUCCGUUAGGGGCGAAGUAUGGAGUACCAUUCUCUAGAGUGUUGCACUUAUUUAAAGUUGCUAGAAAAUUAAGUUUAAAUGUAAUAGGAAUAAGUUUCCAUGUUGGUUCUGGCUGUGAUGACCCCGAUUCUUUUACUAAAGCUAUUGAAAAGUCCAAAAAAGCGUUCAAUCUAGCAAAAGAGAUUGGCUUGGAUCUCACAUUACUAGAUAUCGGUGGCGGAUAUCCGGGGAUUGAAGAUACGUUAUUUGAAAAUGUAAAAAGAGAUUUACUUAUUCCACGAUUAAUUAUACUUAUUUGUAUGUCGGAUUUGAUGGCCAAAGCACUUUAUUUUCAGGUUUGUGGAGCCAUUACUGAAGCACUUGACAAAUAUUUUCCUACAGAAUGUGGAGUUGAGAUAAUAGCAGAGCCAGGAAAAUAUUUUACUACCUCUUCAAUGAUUUUAGUCACGAAUGUCAUUGGUAAACGUCUGAGAUACGAUGAUAAUGUGAAAACUGAACAGAAUCAAUCCCAUAAGGAAAGCAUGGAAUGCAUGUAUCAUAUUAAUGAUGGCUUGCAUGGAUCUUUCCUUCGAAGAUUAUUCACAAAAGAGCCAUUCAUACCUAAUGUACUGAAAUCGAAAAGUGGUCAAUUCCAUCGUAGCAGCAUAUGGGGGCCUACAUGUAAUGGACUGGAUUGUAUUGCAAGUGGCCAAACUAUUCCAGAGAUGGAAGCUGGUGAUUGGACUUACUUUGAAAAUCUAGGAGCAUAUGCAUCAGCUGCGUCCUCCAAUUUUAACGGAUUUGCAAGUAAAGAAAGGCAUUAUUACAUAAGCAAAGAACAUUGGUGA